AUGACAACACAAAAUGAUGAAAAAUUUGCUAAUGAAUGGUAUGAAAAAAUUGUGGUAACAAAAUCUUGUACUUUGAGUGAUUUGAUUGAAGGUUUAUCCGAACAAAUAUUAUCAGUAGAUAUACAAGAAAGGAUAAAUGGUCUUGACAAAAUAUUACUGGUAAUAAAAAAAUUUGACAAAGAAUUUUUAACAGAAGGAGAAGUUGGAUUACUUUUAGAAUUUUUUAUAGCUAAAAUAAAUGACUUUGCUUUAGAGAAAAGCUGUGCUAUUGAAGGAACUCGUUAUGUAUUAUAUAAUAAUAAAAAUAUUCCAAAAAAUUGUGAGAAAGAAAUUUUUCAAGGAAUUUUCAAAGAUGCUAAUGUACAGUCAUGGAGAGUAUCUGAUAGAGGAUAUUUAUUUGAUAUAUUUAGUUUUCUUAUUGCAACAGAAGAACGUAUAAAUAAUUUAAAGAUUCUUGAAAGCGAUGUUGUCUUGGCUUUUGUUACAGCGUCAAAUGGUGAAAAAGAUCCAAGAUUAUUAAUGAAAGUUUUUAAAAUAUUUUUACAAAUUGUUAAAUAUUUUUCAUUGGGACAUUUUGUUGAGGAUAUGUUUGAUGUUGUUGCUUGUUAUUAUCCUGUUGAAUACACUCCACCAGAAAAUGAUACAAUUAAUAUAACUAAAGAAAUGUUAAGUACUGCUUGUGAGAAAUGUCUUUUAUCAACAAAAAGUUUUAAUUCGUAUUGUCAUGCUCUUAUUCAAGAUCGAUUAACUGAAAGUGAUGAAGACAAUCCAUUAGAAGGAAAAUUGUAUGAUUGUAUAUUUCUAAAAAAAGCUAUUAGUGCAUUUGGUAUUGUUGGUUCCGCUCCUUAUAUUAAAGAUUACUUUACUGCUUUUAGAAGUAUAAUUCUAAAUCCUACUUUGAAGCAAUGUCAACAUUCAAUACCAAAAGAAAUUAGAGAAGUUAUUCAUUUUAUAAUGAUAGAAUUGCAAAAAAAUGGUGAACGCGGAAACAAACUAAUUCAAACGAUAACUGAUGAAAUGCUUGAGAAUGCUGAACCAUUUAUCGUUCAAGCAGAGAUGGGUCUUUGUGCAAGAACUUUAGAUUUUAUUUACUCUGUUUAUGAAAUUAUAAAGAAUGAAGAAAUAAAGACAAAAGCACUUUAUUGGAUUGGUAUUUUAUUAGAAGGUAAAACAUUACAAAGUAAAGAAAAUCAUAAAGAAAUAAUCGAAGAAUCUUUACCCUUCUUAAUUAAAUUUCUGUCAUUGUCUACUGUAUUUGGAGAAGAAAUAGAUACGAUUUAUAGACAAUUAGAAAAUCUUGAGAGUCAAUUUAGUGAUAUUAUUUUUGAACAUGAAUGUGCAGUUGAAUCAUUUCUAUUAAAAAAUGACUUUGAAAAAUAUUACAAAAGAUUUCUUCAACUUGGUAUUAGUAAUAUAGUGGAAAAAAAAUUUAUUUUGAAUCAUAGCUUCUUUAAACUGUGUCACGAAAUUUCCCGAAAAUAUCCUUUAUUAUUAGUUGAUGAAUUGUCAAAGCAAGAUGAAUCUUUUUUGAAAAAUCCUCAUGUUUUGAGUAUUUUCAUUUCAGCUUUAGUUGAUGAAAACUCAUGGGAUUUAAUGGAAAAAUAUAUUUUUAUGAACAUCAAUGUAAAUGGUUUCAAUGACGAAAUAUCAGAAAUAUUGAUAAAUUUAUUAAAAAAUGGAGGUAAUGUUGUUGCAAAAUUUAUCAAUAUGCUUAUUAAAAAUUGUGAUGUACUGGGAAGACAUCAAAAUAUACAUCAUUCUAGAGUUGUUGCAGAAAUGGGGUUAUAUUUAAAGGAAGAAAAACAUAAUGAAAUUGUUAAUUUGUGUAUAAAAGUACUUGAAGAAAAAAAUAUGGAUAUAUUAGGUGGUCAAAUUUUAAAUACAGAAAAAAACUUCCAAUUUUUAUUGUAUAUUGUAUUUCCAUUGUUAGUUCAAUCUAAAAUUAUGACAAUUGAAAAUGUUAAGAUGAUUGUUUCUAUAUCAAAAAGAAAGUUUGAAGAAAGAAUAAUUUAUGGUUCUUAUAUUAGUCAUUCUACUGAUAUUAAUAGUGUCAAUAUUUUUUCCAAUAAUGACAUGGAAGAUCUUGAAACAAGAAUACAUGUUAUAAAAAUUUUAUCUAUCAAGAAUCAUCCUAAUUAUGUUAAACUUAUUCAUAAUCUUUUUGAUGAUAUCAAUAAUGAAAAAAUCAAAGAACAUGAUCAUGAAAUAUUAAUUAAUUUAUUUAAUUUUGAUGGGCUAUAUAAUGAUCCUCUUUUGUGUAACUACUCACAUUCACUUCUUUGGAGGCAAAGAUAUUUCUGUAAAUUUGUUGAAAUAUUUAUGGAACAUUAUUUAUUUUCUGUAACUUUCUCUUUAUAUUUUGCUUUACUUCAACCAAUGCUUUCAUUUGCCACAACAAUCACUAUUCCUAUGAAUGUUGAAUUACUUUAUCUAUUACCGGUUAUUGUUGAUGCUUUAAUGCAAGUUAAAGAUAUUAAAACUGAAACAGAUCAUCAUGCUGUAAUUUCUUUGUUAAAUGGAUUAAAUCAAUUAUUACCAAUGGCACCAUUAGAAGAAGUACAACAACAAACUAUAGAUAAUAUUAUAAUUAAGCUCCUGGAAUUUAUUCAAGAUACAUCUCAACCUUUGAUAACAUUACAAUCUUUAAUUGUUCUUGAAACAUUAACAAAAAUAGCACCAGUUGAAAGAAUUUCAAUAUUUUAUACAAAAGUAAUUAAUGCACUUUCAAUUGCUGCUAAAUGCCCGAAAAGAGCUAUACGUUUAGCUUCUGCCAAAAUACGUAAUCAAUGGGAAAUUUUAUUGUAA